AUGCCCCUCAGACUUCCCAGCAAGAGGCGCUCCGACGGCGACGGCGGCCGUGCUUCCAAGAAAGGCAACGGCAACAAGGAACCCACCUACGACACCUAUGAUGAGGCAAUGGACGGCGGUGUCCUGAACGAGGAGAAGGGUGAACGCUAUCGCGAUGGCGACAAGGCCCAGAGAUUCUACGAGAAGGCUGCCGAGCUCUACCAAAAGGCCAUGCAGUUUGACGAGAACUCGUAUGAUGCCAUGUACAACCUUGCCCGCGUGCAGUACCGUCUCGCAUCCGAGUUCCUCCUCCCUCCUUCCAAUAUGGACCUGUACUCGUCGGCCAUGGCACUGUACAACCGGGCACUCCAGGGAAGUGACAGCCCCUACUUCAAGUCAGAUGCGGCCUUCAACCUCGCCCAGGCCUUCUCGGCUGUUGCGGACAUUACCGACGAGUACCAAGGCCCAGACGGCGCGCAGAACGCGCGCGAGCUUCGUGUUGCCGCCACGCAACUUAUGGGCCCCGUCCUCACCACCCAGAUCAUCGGCGUGGAGAUGCUGAGCGACAAGAAAGACGACGACGCGGCCAGCGAGGCUGCUGCUGCUCAUACCGAAACUGGUACUACGUCCACUGCUGCCGUUCCAGAGCAGGAGGAAAUCGAUGUUGACGGCGAGGACACCAAGACUGAGCGGGAGGAGGUCAACGUCUCGGUCGAGAAGGCACCGACCCCAGAUGCUCUUGUCGACACCACCCUCUUCCUCGUUGACAUUGGCACUACUCUCUGGGACAGCGUGACUCCUCCUCAGCCACCCAGUGAGGGCGAGCAGCAGGCCAUGCGCGAGAUGCUCGACAUGGCCAGCCGUCUGGGUCCUCCCGGUCGCCAGGCUGAGAUUGACCUUGCCAACAUCAAGGUGCUGCUCACCCUCGAUUCGAUCAUGUGGGAUAUGUUCCGCGCACAGGCCCAGCCCGGCUCUGGCGUCGAGCGUGGCUGCGAGUCGGCUGCCAAGGUGCUGGAGCGGCUGCUCGAGUCCCUCGGGGCCAGCCCUCCCGAUGACACCACGGUCAAGGCCGACAUUCUUGCAACCCUCGCCAACACUGAGGUUGCCGGCGCUCAACGCUACGUCACCCUUGCCAAGCGCUCGCCCACCCCGGCGCCGCUUGCCCAGUCUGCCUGGGCUCUGCUUUCGUCGGCCACACAGCACCUCGCCGCAGCUGCAGACCUCCCCGUGACUCUCAACACCCCCAAGGAGUUCCGCCCAAACUGCUACAUUGAGCUUGCCAAGGUAACCCUUGACCGUGCUCGCCUUGCCCCGUACAACGAUACUGCCGCGCACAACGUCCAGCAGCUGUUUGACAACUGUUCUGCGUAUGCGGGCAAGGCUGCCGCUGCUCUGGGCUGGAACUUCCCGCGCCUCCCCACAGCGUCGACCACCACCCCGUUCUUCACCGACGACCUCAGCCCCCCGUACCCCGCUGGCUGGGACAUGGAGAUGCUGUCGCGAACCCUCGCACUUCUGUUGCUGCGUAUCUGCUUUUUUGCCAUCCAUGGCGGUGUCCUCAAGACUGAAGGUGCCGAGGUGCUGUACGAGCACGCUGCCAAGAGCGUCGUCGACGCCAUUAUAUCCGUCUCCUCCGGUCCCCGCCGUCUCAUGCCCAAGGACAUUGCCCGCUUCGUGGGCGACAUUGAAGAUGAGGAGGGCGGCGUCUGUGACGCCGAGGUACAGUGGUGGGAACAGGUUCGCCAGGGUAUCUUGCGCGGCCUUCCUCCUGCUGAAGCUGCGGCCACAGAGGCGCAACCCUCUGGGGCACAGUAA